AUGGUUGUGACUUGGCUCCAAAAUGCUAUGUCCCUCGAAAUUAAGAAUAGUGUUGCAUAUGUUGAGACAGCUCAUGCCCUAUGGCUUGAGUUGGAGCAACGCUUUGCACAAAAUAAUAGACCUAGAAUUUAUGAAUUGAAACAGUCCAUUCACUCUCUUACUCAAGGCGAUGAUUCAGUCAGCCUCUAUUUUUCAAAAUUGAAGAGUUUACUUGAUGAACUUGUUAAUUUUGAAUCCAUCCCUUCUUGUACUUGUGGAGCCAUGAAAGAUGUUCUUGCAAACCAGCAGCGUGAUUGGAUGAUGAAGUUCCUCAUGGAACUCCAUGAUUCUUUCACCAACAUCAAAGCCCAAGUUAUUCUGAUCAAACCAACACCCAGCUUGAGUGAAGUUUACGCUCUUGUUCAACAAGAAGAAAAGCGUAAACAAAUCUCAAAUAAUUCCAAUUUGAAUAAUGCACUUGCUUUAGCCUCAAGGACUCAUUUCUCAAAUACCUGA